GGAUCAACAUGGCCGACCUUCCCCGGACUGUACUGAUCUCAGGCUGCUCAUCCGGAAUCGGCCUGGAGCUCGCAGUGCAGCUGGCUCAUGACUCCAGGCAGCGCUACCAGGUGGUGGCCACCAUGAGAGAUCUGGGAAAGAAGGGGACACUGGAGGCAGCUGCUGGGGAGGCUCUGGGUCGGACCCUCACUGUGGCCCAGCUGGACGUGUGCAGUGAUGAGUCAGUGGCCCAAUGUCUCAGCUGCAUCCAGGGAGGAGAAGUGGACGUGCUGGUGAAUAAUGCUGGCGUGGGCCUGGUGGGGCCCUUGGAGGGGCUCAGUCUAGCUACCAUGCAGAAAGUCUUUGACACCAACUUUUUCGGAGCUGUCCGUCUGGUCAGAGCUGUGCUUCCCGGCAUGAAGAGGAGGCGGCAGGGCCACAUCGUGGUGGUCAGCAGUGUCAUGGGGCUGCAGGGUGUCGUGUUCAACGACGUCUACGCAGCCUCCAAGUUUGCCCUGGAAGGGUUCUUCGAGAGCCUGGCCAUCCAGCUGCUCCAGUUCAACAUCUUCAUCUCCCUGGUGGAACCCGGCCCCGUCAGCACGGCCUUUGAGGAGAAGCUGCUGGAGCAGGUGUCCGCCGCCCAGUUCCCAGGCGCCGACCCCGACACCCUGCGCUACUUCCGGGACCUCUACCUCCCAGCGUCCCGGGAGCUCUUUCGCUGUUUGGGGCAGAGCCCCCAGGAUGUGGCCCAGGUCAUCGUCAAGGUCAUCGGCUCGGCCAGACCCCCCCUGCGCCGACAGACCAACGCCCGCUACUGCGCCCUGACCGCGCUCAAGGCCGCGGACCCCUCCGGCCGCCUGUACGUGCGAUCGGCCCACCACCUGCUCUUCAGCUGGCCGGGCCUCCUGGGCCGGGGCCUCCGCUGCCUGGCCUGCGGCUGCUGCCCCACCCGGGUGCGGCCUGGGUGAGCCUCGCCCACCCCUGCCCACUCCUGAACAGCCAGACCAACCCCAGUGCACACCCAGGUCAGAGGCCACACAGGCCAUUCACUCAUUCAUUCAUUCACUCACUCACUCAUUCAUUCAGCAAAUUCAGCCUCCAGGCACAGACCCUCGUGGUCAGGGCUGGGGCAGAGAGAAGGAACCCAGGACCCUGGGCUGAGGAAUCCAAAGCAGGGAGCUGGUGCUGCGUCUGGGAAGGCCAGGGGGGCUUCCUGGAGGAAGGGGCAUUGUCCAUGGACAUUGAAGGGUGAGACAGUCUGUCUCUCAGCAUUUCAUUAUCUUGGGCCUGGGAACACAGGGAUGAUCCAAACACCUCCAUCACCCCGCCCUCCCCCAUCCCUGCAAUACACACAUGCAUAGAGCUGGGUUCACCAGGGGGUCUUCGGACUUUUCUGGUCACACACACUCCAUCAACAAAACGUGUUUGUGCACACGCCAUCAAUGUACAUAUGCUUUUCACCAAAUAUAGAUUUGUAACCACUAACAAUCUCUAUAUUAAAUAUUUAAUACAGCUCAAUUUCUUAUGUCUAAAUAAAAAAUUAAAAAGCAAUAGGGUC